AUUUCUCUUUCCCCCCUUUUUUUACCAUUGUACUAUAUUUCUUCGUCAUGUCUUCUAAACCAAUAUUACCUGAUUCUCCAUUACCUACUUCUUCUACUACUCAAGUAUUUAAUACUUUGAUACAGCAAGAUGUAACUGAUACCUCUUUUGACUCGAAAAAUCAAAUAUACCAUUCCCAACUUCCUUUACAGCAAACAAAUCCUUUAUCUACACAACAACAACAACAACAACAACACACUCCUCCUGGCCAGUCUCCUAUAUCUGUUGAAAGAAGCAAGUUACCUUUACGGAAACGUCUAGCCAAAGAUCAAAAGCCAAUAUCAUUACAAUGGAUGGAGCCUGUUAAAACAGAAAACACUCAGCUUUCACCACAUACUGAACCUUCCCUGUCUAAAUCAUUACCACACCCUUCUGUCUCUCCAAUCGAGCAACCUCCAACACAAUAUAGCUUCCAUAACAGUAAUAGUAGCAACAUUCAUCUCGAGACUGAUUCAGCCGUCCGUAGUCAACUACCUACAUCACCAAAACCCAAGCAUACAACGAAAAAGAAACAUAAUAAUAUAGAUGAAAAUGGUCGUCCUAUCAAGAAAACCAAACGAGGUCGUCCUCCUUUAUCAUCGACAACAAGUAGCAAGAAAAUAAUCCUCGAUCAGACGAACGACGUUGUCACUUCUGAAAACACACCAAUCAGUAAAAAAUCAACAUCAUCUACGGAACUCUACUGUUUUUGUCAAAAAGUAUAUGAUGAAACUCAAUUCAUGAUUGCUUGUGACCGAUGUGAAAAAUGGUUUCAUGGUGAUUGCAUUGGUAUUGAUGAAAAACAAGGUGAAGCUGUAGAUCUCUACUUUUGUCCCAGUUGCUCCAAGAUUAGUGGCAAACAAACUUCAUGGAAAGCAAAAUGUAGUAAUCCAUCCUGUCAAAAUGUAGCAAGAGGUGGGAAAAAUAAACAAUCUCAUGGAUCGAAAUACUGCCAGGACAAGUGUGGAUUACAAGUGGCAAGGGCACGGUUGGUGUUAUCAGAUCGAAAACAACAACAAGAAAUGGGUGAACUUGCAUCAUUUUCAACUCGUAUGGAACAAUUGUCAAAAUCGCGACUCAGUUUAUUCGCAGACAGGGAUGAUCGCCGGCGUUUGAUUCGAAUACGAAUGGAUAGACAACGAGCCAUUGAUAUCAUCCACCAGAUCACUCUAAAACAACAAUUUUUACAAGCACUUAUGGAAACGAUGGAUCCAACCAAUGAUCAAUGUGGGUUCGAUUCUAGAUUAUUAUGGGAAGACGAUCCAUGGGAUUCAGUGACCGGAUUAGAACGACAACCUACUCUACGAUUACUACCUCUUCAAGAAGACACUUGGACAGUGUGUCAUCAAAAAUCAAAACGAUGUCAAAGGCAUAGCGGAUGGACCAAGUUGAAGACGGCUGAAUUGGAACAAGAACGGGAGGAACAGUUUGUCAUAUUAUCCAUCCUGGCUCGAGAACGGAAAUUGAUCAAGACUCGAAUGAAUAAUCGGGUGGCAGAAAUGAAUGUAGCUAGAUCUUUAAUGAAUGGCACUCUUGUACACAAUCAAUAAAAUAUUUCUCUUUUUUUUUUUU